UAAGAUAGAGGGGAUUCUGCAGCAGCACAUUAUUGCCCCAGUUCCUCACUCCCCUAUCCCUACACUUGCUCCAUGAUCCCCCCUCUCUUCAGACAUCAUCAUGGUGUCAUCAGGAGAUCAAAGUAACAUCAUCAAAUGUCCCUGAGCAGAUAGAAGGUGGAGAGGAGGAGAAUCAAAGAAGCGCCGAGACAUUACAUCGCACAUCUCAGUGUACAGCCUGGGCCUGGCAGACAUUAUAAUUAAAACAGGAGAUUACUAAUGCCAAUUUGCCAACAUUUGUGUCAAACUGUGUCAAAGAACUUUGAACUGAAGACAGAAACAUAUUUUCCUGUAAAAGGCAGCAUUGCACCUCUCACCUUAUCAGAAAUAAUUGGAAAAGCUUUAAGCUGCGUUAUAGAGAAGCUUCUUAGACAGAAGAACGAAGCAGAGAUAGUGAACAACCAUGGAUGGCGGCGUCACAGACACAGCAUGUGACAUUGAAACCAAAAUAAGGCUGAACCACUUGUAUCAGUUGGUGGACAACCUGGCUGAUGAUGUUGACCACACAGAGAUGGAGCUCCAGGUACUAAACGAUGGUCCUCAGCUGCAGUUUGCCGGUCUAUGGGAUGAGCUGGAACUCUCCAACCAGCUCACAAGGCAGCCUGUCAGUGACCUGAGACCUAAGACUGACAAAGUCUCUGACAAACUGAAGGUUCAGAUGAAGAAAAACAAGCAUCUGAAAGGCAAGCUGGACGAGGAGCAGAUGUUGAAACUGCAGCUGCAGACUGAGAUGACGAAUAAUGAGAUUCUAGCCAAAGAGAGUCAGUCUCUGACCAAGAAGAUUGAGUCUUUGACAACAGAGAACAAGUCUCUGAGGAGAGAGAAUGAGUCUCUGAGGAGAGAGAAUGAGUCUCUGGAAAAGGAGAAUGGAUCUCUAGACACUGAGAAUGAGUCUUUGACAAAAAAAAAUAAGUCUCUGACUGAAGAGAAAGAAUCUCUGACCAUAGAGAAAGAGUUGCUCACCAAAGAGAAAGACUCACUGAAAAAAGAAAAAGAGUUUUCUAACACAAAGAAUGAUUCACUGACCAAAGAGAAAGCAUCCCUGAGCACAGAGAAUGAGUCUCUGACCAAUGUGAAUGAGUUUCUGACCAAUGAGUACGAGUCUCUGAACAAUGAGAACAAUUGUCUGACCAAAAUGAACCAGUCCCUGACGCAAGACAAAGAGCUGCUGACCAAAGAGAGGGAGUCUCUGACCAAAGAUAGAGACUGUCUCGCUGCUGCGCUGAAAGAGGGGCAGACCUGGAGACGAGAGUUUAGUCAGGAGAUGAAGAGAGUCAGAGCAGACAACCUGAAGCUCCAAUCUCAGAACAGUGUCUACACACAGUUCCUGAGAGUUAAGAAGUGUUCGUGUUCAAAGCGGAUGCUUCACUUCUUUGGUUUCCACAAAAAGUGAGACGCCUAAUGUCUCCCACCACAUGGGAAGCAGGAACAGCUGUAUGCAUGCUCACCUUUCAAGUAACAAUUAUUGUUUUAAUUGGAAACACAAAUGUGGGAACACGGAGUGACCUGCUGUGCAGACUGACAUUAGGCCUCGCCCACUGCAUCAAGGAAAAUAAAUAGUCUCAAAUGUUCAACUGCACGUUUGUCUCAGACUUUUAUUCACCAGACGGUGCCCUCACUUUGUUUUACAAUAUCUUUAUAUGCUAGACAUUACGGUAAGUGCCUGCAAUUUCAAAAUAAAAGUGAUGGAUGUGGACUUUCAAUGUAAAAUAGCAUAAUUAAAAUUUAUUCCACCGAGGUCUCAAACUGUGGGCCACAUGCAGCCCCUCCAGUCGAUUACAUGAAAGUCAAAUUAUGUUGGGCUUUGAAAUUCUGUAAACUAUUGUCACAAAUAUUGUUAUUGCAAUAUCAUGAUGGAAUAUUACAUAAUUUGAGGCUCAUAUUGCACACCCCAGUGCAUAAUUCACCAAAACA